UCCGCGCUCUCGUUGCGAUGUGACGUGUUCUUAUUUAUUUAUUUGAAGUAGGCGGAUUUAGUUAACCAAACAACUACUGUAGCAAAGAAUUUAAUAGUGAUUUUGCUUAAACAAAGUUCUAUUGUGGUUUUAUAUCGUCUUGUGAAUCUCGAUGCAAUUGCGGCAAAGAGUAAACAUGUCAAAGAAAGUACAACCUGUAGACACGACAAAUUUGAACAAGUCGAUGAUUGUUGGUAAAUUUGUCGAUUCGAGUCAAGCUGAAGAUCGCAAAAUGAUUCGACUUGUGAAAGAAAGAAGAUUACUGUACGCACGAAAUAAUAUGCCCGUAGCCAGUUAUUACACGCAAGUAAAACGCCUUUGGGAAGAGGUUGCUAAGGAAAUGGGAUGGAUUGUUCCAGAGGUACGUAGAAAAUGGUCACACAUUCGCAAUUCGUAUUCGCGACAUUUAAGAAACGAGAUGCAAGGAGCGCGUACAGGCAAAGGUCGGAUGGUGUCGAGGUGGUAUCUGGCUGACGAGCUUGAGUUCCUUAGAGAACAUAUGGCUACCGAUACGCGAGUUUCUCCUAAUCCUCCAUACGCGCCGACAUUUCUGGAAAUGGAUCUCACAGAAUCAUCAAGCACCGAACAAGUUGACGUCAAACCUUUCAUACAUAACCAAUGGUUUUCAAUGAAUUCACCUCCAACAGGAUAUAAAGAACCAAAAAUUGAACCAUCUUUACACGAUGACAGCUCUAAUUCUCAAGCGUUCGGUCCUGACGAAACAACGUCAUAUUUCCAAUUCUUCCGUGGCAUUUAUAAUGAUUAUCAAGAACUUUCUAAUAAAAAGCAAAGACUUUUUAAACGUCAAUGUUUAAAUUUCCUACACGAUCUACUUGACGAAGAAGAAGAUCAACAAACGUCUACAUAUAACCAGAGUGAUGCUGUUAAUUUGUCGUAUUCAGGACACAGCGAAGAAGAAAGGGAUACGAAAGAAAAUGUUAGCUUUAGUAUAUUACCUUCUGUAUAACUAUGAUAUGUUAAAUUAAAUGCAUAGAUAUUAACCUAUAGAUGGACUGUUUCAUACACGUUUGACGCACAUUUGACGUUUAAUUGCAAGAUUUUUUUUUUGAAAUGUCAGUGUGCGUGACUUUUUUUUUAAUUUAUUAAGGCAUUGGAUAUCGGUGUACUUUAGCUUGUCUUGAAAUUACAAAUGUGAACAUCGAAAUAAAGUGUGCGUGACGU